AUGGAUUAUUUAACUAAUGCAUUUUACAGAAUAAAAAAUUAUUUUUUCAGUGAUAACAAUAACAAUAAUAACAAUAAUAACAAUAAUAACAAUAAUAACAAUAAUAAUAACAAUGAUGAAAGCAACACCUGCACACAACCAUCGAAUUUAAUAAUUUCCAAUGAUUAUAACAACAACAAUAAUAUCAAUAAUAAUAACAAUAAUAACAAUAAUAAUAAUAAUAAUAUCAAUAAUAUCAAUAAUAAUAAUAUUAAUAAUAACAAUAAUAACAUUUCCCAAAACAGUCAAUCCCCACUUGACCAAUGUAUUAAUGCCCCAUCACACAAUCAAUCACCAUCUCAACCACAAAAUAUAACCUCAGAAUCACCAUUUCAUAGAUCCACAGAAAUUAUUCCAACUUUUCCAGCAACAAGAUCACCAUAUACCCCAUCACACAAUCAAUCACCAUCUCAACCACAAAAUAUAACCUCAGAUUCGCCAUUCCAUAGAUCCACCGAAAUCAUACCAACCUUUCCUGCAACAAGGUCACCAAACACCCAAUCACAAAGUCAACUCCAAUCUCAAUUUUUUAAUUCUUCUCAAUCAAAUCCCCCAAUUCCACCAUGGUUUGCACAAUCAUACCAACAAAAUAUAACCUCAGAUUAUACACCAUUCCAUAGAUCCACUGACGUUAUACCAACCUAUCCAGCAACAAGAUCAUCAUCCCAAAUUAAUUCAGACAAAAAGCCAGAAUCAAGCAAUCUUUCUACAGUUGCAUCAACUGGCAAUCCAAUGAAAAAGAGACCAUUGGAAGAAGAUGAUAUAUCAAAUGAAAGUGAUAGAAAAAUUAACAAAAAAAAAAAACUCGAUGAAGAGAGUUUAAAAAAAGAUAAUGAUUGUGCUAAAAUGGAAAAAUUAAAAAAAGAAAAAGAAGAAAAAGAAAAAUUAGAAAAAAUUCAUUGUAAUAUUUGCAUAGAUCAAAUAGAGACCAUAAAAAAAGCAACAAUUGAUUGCAAUCAUAAAUUUUGCUUUGAUUGUAUAUUAGAAUGGUCAGAUCAAGCUAACACCUGCCCAACAUGUAGAAAAAGAUUUUAUAAUAUAAAAGAAAACAAUUAUGUUGAAGGUUUAGUAAACAGUGCCAAUGUCCCAUAUAGAGUUCAAGGAGAAGAUAGAUGGCCAAAUUAUUACAGUACACUCCAAGAAUUAAUCCAUGAAGCCGCUCAACUCCCACCAAUUACAUACCCUUUUCCUUACAAUUCUUAUCCUGGCUUAUAUAAUGAAGAUCACCCAGGAAAUGGCGAUGAAGAUAGCAAUGAAGAAGAAGAUGAUGAUAAGGAAGAUAACGAAGAAGAUGACGAAGAAGAUGAUAAAGAAGAUAACGAAAAAGAUGACGAAGAAGAUGACGAAGAAGAUGACAUGGAUCUCUCAACUUAA